GGCGCAGAGAGCGCAGGCCCGGGUUUGGUGUCACUGGUCCCCGGCAGCGAGUCGCGCGCGAACCCGGACGCGCCAGCCCAUGGAAGGGCACGCCAGUCCCCCGGGGGAGUCCCGCGCCCGCCGGGCGGCGGCCGUGCUGUGCCGCGGCCUGGUGGAGCCGCUGGUCUUCCUGGCCAACUUUGCCUUGGUCCUGCAGGGUCCGCUGACCACACAGUACCUCUGGCAGCGCGGGGCGGCGGGGGCGGGGCCUGCUGGGCAACCCAGAGUGAGGAACUGCACCCUAGUGAUUGUGCCUCCGCAGGAAGUGGAGACCCUCACCUCCCACUGGACCCUCUACAUGAACGUGGGCGGCUUCCUUGUGAAUCUCUUCUCGUCCACCCUGCUGGGAGCCUGGUGUGACCGUGUGGGCCGCCGCCCGCUGCUCGUGCUGGCCUCCCUGGGCCUGCUGCUCCAGGCCCUGGUGUCCGUGUUCGUGGUGCAGCUGCAGCUCCACGUCGGCUACUUCGUGCUGGGCCGCAUCCUUUGUGCCUUCCUCGGGGACUUCAAUGGUCUCCUGGCUGCUAGCUUUGCCUCUGUGGCAGACGUCAGCUCCAGCCGCAGCCGCACCUUCCGAAUGGCCCUGCUGGAAGCAUGCAUUGGUGUGGCGGGGAUGCUGGCCAGCCUCCUGGGGGGCCACUGGCUCCGUGCCCAGGGUUAUGCCAACCCCUUCUGGCUGGCCUUGGCCUUGCUAAUAGCCAUGACUCUCUAUGCAGCAUUUUGCUUUGGAGAGACUGUGAAGGAGCCCAAGUCCACCCGGCUCUUCACCCUCCGUCACCACCGAUCCAUCUUCGAGCUCUACCUGGCUCGGGCCCCUGAGAAGUCCAGGAAGCAUUUAGCCCUGUACUCACUGGCCAUCUUCGUGGUGAUCACAGUGCACUUUGGAGCCCAGGAUAUCCUGACCCUCUAUGAGCUGAGCGCACCCCUGUGCUGGGACUCUAAGCUGAUCGGCUAUGGUUCUGCAGCCCAGCACCUCCCCUACCUCACCAGCCUGCUGGGCCUGCGGCUCCUGCAGCACUGCUUCGCAGACGCCUGGGUGGCUGAGAUCGGCCUGGCCUUCAACAUCCUCGGGAUGGUGGUCUUUGCGUUCGCUACCAUCACACCCCUUAUGUUCACAGGGUAUGGCUUGCUCUUCCUGUCCUUGGUCAUCACACCUGUCAUCCGGGCCAAGCUCUCCAAGCUAGUGAGUGAGUCGGAGCAGGGUGCUCUCUUUUCUGCUGUGGCCUGUGUGAAUAGCUUGGCUAUGCUGACAGCCUCUGGCAUCUUCAACUCGCUCUACCCAGCCACUCUGAACUUCAUGAAGGGGUUCCCCUUCCUCCUGGGAGCUGGCCUCCUAUUCAUCCCCGCCACUCUGAUUGGGCUGCUGGAAAAGGCUAAUCCUCGCCCGGAAUUCCAGCAUUUUCCACAGAGCCCCUGAUCUGCCUGGACCAGGGGCCAGAAGGCCAGAGGAGCCAAGUGAACAUGAACGAACUGGAAGGCCACGCCUGGGAGCCCAGCCCACCGCCAUGCCUGAGCUCCCCUCCGAGAGCAGUGCUUACCUUAGGGCGGUGGUCACGCUUUCUCAACAGAGCCGGCCUCUGGCUAGGACUCAGAACUGUAUCCCAGACAGGCCCAUUCCGGGAGAGCUAUUUGGGACAGGGGUCUGUUUACCUGGCAUGCCACUUAGAAGCCUCCAGGAGAUGGGGAGGUAACAUUUCAGGGAUCAGGCAAAGCAUGGGGCCAGUGUCUCUCCUCCCAGACAGCACAGGCCAUGGUAUGAGGCCCUGGCGUGCAGCUGCCAGUCAUGCCUUGGUGAUGACUACGGUGCCUGGUUAGUGCAGCCGUGGGAGAGGGAGGGGUGUGUGUGAGGAGGUGGGGGGUGCCCUCUGGCGGGAGAGUACUGGUGUGACUUUGUUGAGGGAGUCAGUCCUUGUCUGUGGCCUGCCCACCCCUGGGCUCACCCGUGCCAGUCAUCGUAAUAAAUCAAUUUAACCGGACUGCAUCAGCCCUGUUUUCCUGCUCCCGGCCAGUCCUGGGGGCGUGGUGCGGGGUGUGGCCCGCCGAGGCCUCAGCUGCCUGGGCAUUCUGGUCUCCUGAGCCACUGGGGGAAAAGCGCUAGGUGUGCAUCGGGUCAGUGGAGGAGCUUGGGGCAGAGCGCUGGCUGCUCACUCCUGAGGUUCCGAGCUACUUCCCCAGUCCCACACCUGGGUGACGCCAGCCCAGCUGAAUCUGUUUCUCUUCCCACUCGGACCCUCCAGCCUCCCCACGCUGGGCCAUUUGGCAGAGCCAUGGGCUGAGACAGUCCCGCAUGCCUCUAAAGGCCCACGAGAACCCGACCCUGGACGCCAGCCUCCCAGAGGACAAGGCGCCCAUUCCUAGGUGCGUGGCUGGAAACGCCUGGACCUGAAGUGACAAGGCAGGAUCUGGUGUAAUAUUAAGGCACUGGCUUGGAUCAAGGCCACAGUCUCCUGAGCAGACCCAGGCCAGGUGGGACUUGCCUAUUCACCCCAGAACCACCCAUAGACACCUGGCCCGGCUGCCAUUUCUACCCUCGCUCACCAGCCCUGCCCACCAGAUUCCUGGCUGGGAAUCAUGGAGGUGAAAUGGGCGUAGCCCAGGACAGACCAGGGUCAGCGGGGGCCGUUCCCAGACUUCUACCUCAGUCCUAACUGGGAGACCUGGGCAAGGAGGGGGCGCCACUGACUCAGUGGGGCUAUGGAAGGACAGAGAAGGCUCAGAGCUGGCUGGCCUCAGCCCCAUCUCUACCUCCGGCUGGCCCUGUGACUUUGAAUAAGGCCCCCUAAAAAGGGCUAGAUCAGUGAUGCCCCAAAUUGAGUAAAGGAAUCAGAUCUGGUUGGGCAGUUAGGAAACAAUGAAAUGAUGCUCUAAGAUCCCUCCCUCCAAGGCUGGCAGGUGACAUGGUGGUUAGAGGUGCUGGACUCCCACAUGGCCAACCAUGGUUCACGUAUCGGACCUGGUGGCUUGCUUUCUCACUUUUCCUCGCUCUCUGUGUCUCUCUGGUCAAAGUGGAAAAUAAUAAUGAUAAAUAAAGUUAAAAUAAUUCUUAAAAGAAAAAGCCCUCUCUCCUUAUAUUCUUGAGCACGAGGCCUCUCUGCAAGGGCCUGGGAGAAGAUGAGUGGGUCAGGCUGUAAUUUUGACCUCUGAAUGUCAUAGCUUGGGCUCUGGGGCAGGUGGAGCUGAGCUGGCUCUGAGCUGAGCAGAAAACCCUGGCCCUGCAGACCUGCAGCAGGGCAGGCUCUGGGGGAAAGGCUGCUCUGGGCCCUCUUGUCUCAGAUCAGCCAAGGGGCAAGACUAAUGGCUUGGUCUCUGGUUGUAAUCUGAGCAGUAUUUAUUACACCAGAGAAGACUCAGCCCUGAACACACUGGACCAGUCACUCUGGCUGGGGCCUGAGGCUGGGCUCUGAUUCCCCAGAGAGAUAGAGAGGGCAGAGGUCAAUCUGGCCAGGCAGUCGAGGGUGUACCAGAUAGAAAAAGAGCCAAGAAACCUCAGAGUACUGCCCACGGGGACCGGAGGGAGUGGGACUGACCGGACAGAAAGACAGAAGACUUCCCCUGGAGACAUACAUUGUAUUGUUACUGACUGCCCCGCGAAGGCAAAGCAUCCAGUCUGCCUCCUUGUACCCUGGACCCAGGCCUGGGCCUGGCACUGGUGAGCAUCAGGCCUCCAGAUGGCGGAGGAUUAGGCACUGUCAAAGCCAGAGCAAGGGCCUGGUCAGUCAGUGUCCUUGGCAGGGAGGCGAGUGGAAGGAGAGUCCCUGCCUGGAGUGAGAUCUUUGCUGAUGUGGCCCGCAGGCUGGGGAAGCCCAGCCAGCACUGUGGGGUGGGGGUCUGGGAGCUGAGCCAACUGCUGCCCCCGGGAGGCAGGAGCCAGGCAGGUUCCAGCUGACUCCCCCAGCGGAGGCCUGGGUUUACUGGAGGGAGGAUGCUUUCUUGCCUUCCUCCCCCAGGAGAGGGAGGGGCAGAGGGGCUCCUGCUCACUUCUUUCUGUGUGGCCCUUGGUCAGCCUUCUGAGGUUAAAACCUGUCUCCUGCUGAGAGAAGCAAGAGCCUGCCCCGGCACAGCUCCAAGAGUCUCAGACUGGUUCCAGGGCAGUGGGCUGGGGCUGGGUCCUCAGGCUGCCAUUCGUGACCUGGGAAACUGGGCUCAUCACCCCAAUAUCUCUGAGCCGCAAUUUCCGUACCAGUGCAGCGGGGUGACGGCGGGGAUGAGGGUUGCUCUGAUGAUCACAGACGCCAUGGCGCCAAGCGUUUGGAAAACGGCAAAGAC